AUGAGUUCUAGAUGGGGUGAAUGGACCCAGUGGGCAUGGGAUGCCGAACAAGCCCGCUGGUGGAGGGCCAGACAGGACAUCCAUGGGAACGUUGAGUACGACUUCGGGGCGCCACGCGGAAACGUCGACGACCUCGCCGAUUCACUUAACAAUGUGAACCUUGAGGACGACCAAGGCGGAUCCUACCCUCACGACGGUGCCUAUAUUUAUGACUCCGCCGGAAUCCAUGCUGGAGGCUCUGCCGUCGCAGGCGUGUAUGCCACGUCCUCCGCGUCUUAUGCACAGGCUCAGGGUGCUUUCGGCGGCAAAGGCAAGUCAAAGGCCAAGUCGAAAAGUCAGAAGGACGCACCCAAGGACAACCUGAACAAACACCCCUCCAAAAAACGGUCUAAGCCUGCCGCCAAGAACGAAUUAGAACGCUCGGCAGGUCAACAUGACGGCCCGGAUCCGUUCUACCGAAGGACUGGUGCCGCGUCCGGCUCCGACUACUUGUCUGCUGCGUCUACCACUACUUUCACUGACCAGCAGCCUUAUUCCGAUUCAGCAUACGGAUCGUCACCGCAUGACCCGUCUUUUACGUCCGGCCUCUCACAGAGCCCUGGCCUAGACCAAUAUCAUGAUCAAGCGCCGACGGUGGGGUCCAGUGCCGAAGUCGAUACUGCGAAUCCAGAACGACGCACGCGUCGUGGGCGUCUUUCCGACCAUGGGACCGCAUAUCCGACAUCCUCGGUCGCCGAGGAUUCGCCAACGGAGAAUCAGGGGUCCGACUACUACUCCACGGCCUCUCACGACCCUCGCCCCCAUGAUAUCUUCAGCGAGCAGCUCCGCGGUGCGGCAUCGCAUGCAGAUCCCUACAUGACCGGCUUCCUCGACGCAUCGUAUUCUCGAGGAGAGUCGUCCGCUAUGGCGACCGCAGCUCACAGUUAUCCAUACGCUACGCAGGAGGACGACACCCACGAGGCCGACGGUGGCCGAGAGACACCAAGGGCACUCCACGCACAAGCCGCGGCGCCAGCUGUAGAUGAUGGCUACUCGUACCCGGCAAGCAUGUCCGGGACUCAGGAUUUGCAGCAGCAAAUAGGCGCGCCUGACGGCGCAUUGUACGUUGUUGAGCAUUCUUCGAAAUUCCGACCCGGUACGGUCUUCAAGAUCUUGUGGUGCGAGCCUCUUGGUGCUGGGGCCCCCAGAAGUGAAGCGCCAACAAACCACGUCAGAUAUCAACAGGACGGAAGAACCUUUUACCAGGGUUUUCGACGAUUCAUUGUGGUGGCAAACGAUGAAGGCCAUUGCACCUGCGUGCCCAUCCUGACAUAUGAACGUCAGGGGUGCAACAAAAAGGGAGUCAAGCCUGCGAAGCACGGGAUCAUCUACCAGGCUGGAAAGAAUCCUCGGAUGCUUCCUGGAGAACCCCAGCUGGGAUUUGAUCCCGUUCGAGUCGUUCUGACCGAAAGGACGGAAACACUCUCGAGAGAAUCCCGUGUCAACUACGCCAAGCUCACCACCGUGGAGCACAACUUCCCCGUGUAUAUCAUUGGCUCCGUUGAUCCGGCGGAUUUCGAGCACAUCGUCAUCCGGGCGGUCGAUCACUGCUGGAACAGAAAGAAGCGGCACAACUGA